GUUCGUAAGACACAAGCUUGUCUUGUCAUUUGUUGCAUUAUCUUUACUGUUUCGCUCUUUUUUCCACGCACGCUCUUUAGUGCAGAGCUCGCUAGCGGAGAGGUCCGGGUCUAAAACUUGAUUAGCGCCCUUGGAGAGCGGAAUGAGGUAUAGAAAUGUUGAUUGUACACUCUAUGACAAAUGUUAUUUGUUUUACCUGAAAAGUGUCAUUUCAUUUGUUCAUAUGAGUAAAUUGCAUAGUUUGUCAAGAUUGCCUGUAAUAUGUGUUUGAAAGUUUUAUUUGUUUAUUUAAAGGAAAGGUUAUGGAGUUGUUAACACUUAUUUACUAUUUGGAAUUGUGACUAAUACUGUAACAUAAUGUUCAUAAGAAUUGUUUGUGAAUUAUAUCUGCUUUGUUCUGUAGUUUUCACGGUGUCAAGAUGGCAAAGUGUCACAGUACCACUGUCUGGUGCUUACCAAAGGAAGAGAAAUAAACGACACCCGUUUGAAACUCUACGUGUUUGGUUUAUACCAUCCAAGGGGCCGCUACAGUGAAAACUCAACGCUGCACCAGUCUGAAAAUUCCUGCGCUUAAGCCAUCACAUGCAAGUGCAGAGCUCGCUAGCGGAGAGGUCCGGGUCUAAAACUUGAUUAGCGCCCUUGGAGAGCGGAAUGAGGUAUAGAAAUGUUGAUUGUACACUCUAUGACAAAUGUUAUUUGUUUUACCUGAAAAGUGUCAUUUCAUUUGUUCAUAUGAGUAAAUUGCAUAGUUUGUCAAGAUUGCCUGUAAUAUGUGUUUGAAAGUUUUAUUUGUUUAUUUAAAGGAAAGGUUAUGGAGUUGUUAACACUUAUUUACUAUUUGGAAUUGUGACUAAUACUGUAACAUAAUGUUCAUAAGAAUUGUUUGUGAAUUAUAUCUGCUUUGUUCUGUAGUUUUCACGGUGUCAAGAUGGCAAAGUGUCACAGUACCACUGUCUGGUGCUUACCAAAGGAAGAGAAAUAAACGACACCCGUUUGAAAUUCUACGUGUUUGGUUUAUACCAUCCAAGGGGCCGCUACACAGUGAUUGUGUUGUAAUGGCAAGGAAUCAGUGGGCGAUAUCUGACUAAGAUGCACAAGAAAGUUGUAUUGUACCCAGGUAAAACCUGUGUGGUGUUCCGCAAGGGGCCACUCGGAUACCUCCUCCAAGACCCGUCAGAUGAAGCUCGGCGGAUAAAAGACAACACCAAACUUCAGAACAAGUCUGUAGCAAUGAGGGAGGACCUGGUACAUCAGAAUGCUCUGACUGUGGUCCGUCACAGAGGAGGGGAUGCCUCCGACAGGCGCGAGGUGUAAGGAGAGUACAUCCUGCAGUUUGGAAAAUAUAAAGGAAAAUCUUUCCGGUGGCUUCUGGAAAAUGAUGUUGGGUACACCAUGUAUCUGAUCAAAAGUCUCCAGAAGGAAGAGGCUGCAGGGAUCGCCAUGGCUGAAAGGCAUAGUAAGGAUAGCCUGCAGUCAUUCGUACAGUAUGCCCUCGGUUUUCCGGAGAUAAAGUCUCUUCAGGAUUAUGAGGCCAGCAGAGUGAGUGCUGCAGCAGAAGUCUCCUCUGAAGAUGAUCAGCUUGUUGGCUUUGGCUUACCAUCUAAGAGCACACGGAAGGAGAUUUGGGAUGGCAGAGGUGAUGGCUACGCGGCCUUUAUCAUGGAAAAGAGCUGCAUUCAAGGAACACGGAUGUAUAAGCUGCAGCAGUACUUGCGCAAGAAGCAUCAGUCUGCCUCAGCUACCACAAGGACCUCCACCAAACCCAUUGGAAUGGAUGAUGACAAAGAGUUGGAGGAGGCAAUGCUGAGUGUCUCACCUGAAAAACUUGAAGCUGACAGCUUUACUGUGCCAACAGCAGCAGCAGCAGCAGAAGUACCCACACCCAGAGUGCCUUCAGGAGCAAAGACAGGUUUUUAAUGAAAGGUUUCAGAACUGGAGUACAAUUCUUUUACACGACGAAUUGCCCUCCAAAACUGAACCUUAACUUAAACUGUUAUAUCAUGUUGUUCUUGUGUUUGUGUUCUGGCCGUGUUCCGGCCACAUUCCUCCGAUAGUUCAGUUGUGUGCUGGCAUGAUUGUCAUGGCCGGGGAGGAAACAGGCGAGGAAGGGCAACCGCGCAGGACACCAGAGCUCCCUCUGCGGCGCUGUCCAUACCCCCUUCCGACACAACUACUGAACUUCAAGCAUCAUCAGCUGAUGGUGCAGCCUUAAAAGAUGAGAAGAGCAAGGUUCCUGUGCCUGUACCAAAGGAGCUGUCGUUUCUACUGAAGGAGACCACAGAUCAAACACAAGGGCCUGAGUCAAAUCCAGGGCUCAGCACAAGUGUUGCUUGCACAUCUGUGCGCAAAGCUCUCACUUUUGAAGACAGCAAUGAAGAUGCUCCUUCAGCUCAGCCAGCCAUUCCUGUUCCAGUGGCUGGUUAUGAGCAUGAGCUGAGUACGUGGAGCUGCUCUCAACACCAGAAGCUGUGGAUGAAGACCGAGCUGCAAGAUCUGGGGCUGUGGCCCUGGGUCUCGACCAGUGCGUAACCCAGGAAACACAAUUUCACUCUGGCGUCUCCCUCCACAACCUGAGCUCAUAGAUACUGUAGCUGAGCUCCCGUCACCAAAUUUUUUCCAGCUCCACCCCUUCUUCCUAUGGAAACCUGAGAGCAGCAUCAUGGCCAGGUUGAGGAACAAUUAUACCUUGCUAUGUUUGCAUGCUUGUGCUCUUCCACGUGUGGUCUCUGCUGGUGUGGGCAGGCCUCGAGUGAUUGUUGGCACCAGUGGUCAGUAUUACAUCCUGUCCUCACGACUCUGCUGCAGGGCUUGUCGCAGGAACUGGUUUGCUGACAAUCCACGAUGGCUGGAGAAACUGCCAAAUAGGUUUACCAACCUUCUCCCAGCCUUUCUAACUUACAAAAAGGCCAUCUGCAAGUCUGUAAUGGAUGAGCUGAGGCGCACUGGCAAACCUCCAGCAGACAUGGCAAACCAGGUGAACGAACUCAUGCAUCUUAAGUUUAGACGAGCUCACCUGGCAUACCUGCAUGCCAUAGAAUCUGUCUGGGAUUCUGAGGCAGGAGUACAUGGACAGAGGACCAUUGGGCAGUUCCUGAGGAAGGAAAACAGACCGCAGGAGUUCAGGUCGUAUGGAGACUUAGAUGGGUGGUGUGGAGUCUCGGUGUCCAGCUACUACCUGACUGACUGCCUGCUUGAUGAAUUUCGACGUCAACAGCCAGCCAUAUCCAAACUUGUCCAAGGCACUUUUGGACAGGUCUUCAGGUCUGACCACACGAGGAAGGUGGCACGAAAAGUCACUCUGGCAUCUGGGGUCAUGUCCAGUUAUGCCGUGAUGAAUGAGCACUGGCUGAUUGUUUCGUGGGUGAUGGUUCAGUCUGAGACAGAGAGGUCCUUGGAACCCAUGUACCAAGGAAUGGCCACACGGUACAGUGAUGCUGGAGUGGAAAAGGCAGGAUACCACUGGGUGGACAGGGAUUGCUGUGCACCGUUUAAGAUCCCGGACUGCAUCCCUGGUGAAAAUCUAAACUGGGAAGCCUGGAAAACCACUCCUGCUAAUAUUGCUGCAGCCACAUCUGGACCACUGGCAAACUCUUGUGCCUCUCGAACAAAUUAUAAUCCAAACAUUGUUGUUAAACUGGACUUGUUCCACUGCCUGAGGCGAUUUUCACGAGAAUGCACCUCUGAGCAUCACCCUCUGUUCAGCACGUUCUGCCAGCUUCUCUCUGCUGCUUUCUCUGUGGUUGAUCAGGAGGACCUGAAGAGGCUUCAGGAUGCCUAUGAAUUCUGUGGUAUCCAUCCAGCUAAUCCCACUAAGCAGCACAUAAGAGAGCACUGCAGGAUUAAAAUACCACAACCCACAGAGCUACUGAACAGAGUGGAAAAAGUCCUGAAACAUUUCCACCAGACAACAGACCCCAACAAUAUCCCACUCUUCAAGCCAUCCAUGCUGAAAGUGUGGCGCGUACAGAGAGUGCACAUACUGCGUGGCUGCCUCAGUGACCCUGAACUUUCAGAGGGCGUAAUGUUUAGGUAUGGUGGGACUCUUCAGCUAAACCACGUCCCCGGUGAAGGCGCUAAAGUCCCCAUCUGGAUUCCUGUCCGAGGCACUUCGCAGCAGGAGGGUUACCAUUUCCACCAGGCGCAGUGGAUCACUGGGACUCACGUAUCCACUGAACUGUUCCAGGCCCAGGGCAUGACAGGGGUGGCACGAUGGAACUACCAACAGCUGGUGGACCUUAAGCAGCCAGGUGUCAUUCUCCCUGCUGUUUUUGAUCCAGCUCUAGUGGCGGAGUUGAACGCAGUCUCCAGGAGAGUGACCGGGCAAGAGAAGUACCCUGCACUUCACCUCUCUGACAGAGACACUGGAGAGAGAUUUGGGCUUGAAUACAGAGAGCCAGGCUGCCGCCCAAUCCCUCUGAACUGGGACAAACACAAAACCCUGAAGACAGAUGAACCAGCCGCCCUUCCGCCUCCAUCCUGUCUACAAAAAGCUGUGUCUGCCCGACUUCAAGUUUGUCCUCCUUCAAGUUCCUCCUCCAGCUCGGCAGUGUCAGGCCUGGCACCCCCUGGACCAGCACCACCUGUCACUGACCCACUCUCUGCUGGUGUACUUUUAAAGCAGGAGACACCAUCAGAAGACAUCCAGGAACCUACAGCAGUUAUGGAAAUCUCUGAUGCCCUUCCUCUGCAUGUGCGGGCCUCACCAAGGAGUGCACGCACUGGACCUAUAAAAACAGGCGGACGGGUUUUUGUGCUGGACCACACACGCUGGACAUCACCCAUAAAAAAGGCAAUUGAUGACUUGUUGCAAAAGCACCAUGGGAAGAAGGACCUGCUGAAGCUUGUAGAUCAAGAUUAUGCAAGCAUGGUCCACCGUUCUGCUAUGGACCCCAACAGCUUGCUGCACCCCACAUCCAAGUUGCACAUAUCCCGCUACGUGAAGCACUUGGGCAAACUUCUGAACACAAGUUCUUCAUUGAACACAAGCCCUGAAAAGCUUGUGCAGACGCAGCAGCUCUGGCAUGCUUUAACAGAAGGGAGUGAGACAGUUAGUGUUCCUGUGGUCACCAUCAAGCCAGCUGUCUUCAACCCACCACCUCCUCCCUUGUCUACACCUCUCACACAAGACUCAAUAGAAAAAAUUCUGGAAGGCAUUUUAGAGAAGCAGCAGCAACAACAACAACAACAAAAACAACAACAGCAGCAGCCUGAGCAAAAAAAAAAGGCAGACAAAGACCUGUCUUGCCUGUGGACAGCCCAAGUCCCAGUUUGAGACUGACGGAUCUUCUGUCCACUUUUUUUAUCAGCAAGGGCCUGUGCGCUAUUUCUAUUGUUCAAGGAAGGUCCAUCAGAGUUAUGCUGCUGAGGGCAUUUGUAACCCCAAAAUGCCCUUUGAAGAAUUUGCCCAAACAGAAUUCUUCCAGCGGGAACUGCAAGCUACGAAGAAGCGGGCGGAGGAGAGGAUGGCAAAAAAGAGGAAACGGCCAGAGUCCCAACAAGCAGGCCGCCUCUGCAGGUUCUGCCACAUGGACCUGAAACAGGGACCAAACAGCCCACAUAUACACACAGGGUUCCCAGGAGUGGCAGGGAAAUACAUUUACUGCCCUUCUAAAGUGUCCUCUCUAUACAGAGAUAAGGGCGUGGCCAAGGAGAUGACCUGGAAGCAGUUUCAGGAGUCUCCUUUCUAUGAGGCAGAGAGACAUAGAUGGGUAGAAGAACGAAAAAAAUGAGGAAUAAAUAGUUGACAUUGUACAUAAUUCAGAGGGUUAAUUGCUGUGAAUGUUGUUUGUUUUUUUUCUACAAAUGUAAAUAUAUAAAUGUCCAUCCAUCCAUUCACUUCCGCACAUCCUGUUA